AUGCGUUACACGAAGUCCUUGGCUCUGCUGCUAAGCAUAGCUUUCGCCGAAGCCCAGUUCACGAAGCCCUUGGCAGGAGAUUAUUUCAACAUUGGCGAAAAGUUCCAGAUUGAAUGGCAGACGGCGGGCUUACAGGGACCUAUCAACAUCGAUCUGGUACCCAAUGGCGUGACGGAUGGUUCAGUUGUCGCGGAGAGGAUUGGAGAGCAAAUCCAGAAUGUCGGCCGAUUGUACUGGGCGCCUGACGCCUCCAUCGCGGCCUUUGACAGUUUCAUGAUGGUCAUCACCGAUUCCGCUCAGACUACCGUCAUGUCCCAAGCAUUCAAGAUCAACCAACUCACCGAGCAGCCCGUCGUUCAGACGUAUGUCGGCGCCGAAGUCCAGGUUCUCACCAAGCCGCCGGCUCCUCCGAAGACGAUCUACUCUGGCCCUCUGCCUCCCGAUGCCACUCCUGCCGGGCUCGUCGUUGAAGCCGUACCUGCCAAGGCUGCUCCCGCCAACGGCACAAUUCCCGCGACGACUGCUGCUGACGCCACUCCUGCCGAAUCUGCCCCCGCCGAGACUGCUCCUGCGGAAACCACUCCUGCUACCGGCGGCCGGCGCAAAGGCAAGGGUAAGGGCAGAGGGGGAAAGGGCAAUGGUGGUGGUGACAAUGCUGAUGCCACUGCUGCCCCAACCGCUUCCGCUGCGCCGGAGCAGCCUGCCACCGGCGAGCGUGCUGGUAACGGCACUCAGGCGGAACCGUCACCCAUUUUCUCAACUAUCGAUCCCGGAGCAGGCAAUCCUGCCCCCUCAGCACCCGCGACCUCAGCUGCUCCGGAGCAACCACCAGUUACUCAGCCCGCCAACAACGGGACCCAGGCUGCGCCUUCGCCCAUCUACUCGACUAUCGACCCUGGUGCGGGCAAUCCUGCUCCGUCCGCUCCUGCGACAUCUGCUGCGCCGGAGAAACCGCCUGCUACUCAGCCUGCCAACAAUGGUACACAGGCUGCGCCUUCACCCAUUUAUUCGACUAUUGAUCCCUCAACCAAGUCGCCUGCUCCUAUCAACAACCAAACCGCUCCCGCUAGCAAGGAGGCUCCUGCUCAGACCGCCCCUGCUGAAGAAAGCCGCGUCUCCAUCGUGCCCACAGCCGUUCCCACCGUAUCUCUUCCUCCAGUUCUCAUCCCACCCAAGAACACCAGCACGCCCGCCGAAGCGCCAGCCGUGUCCGCCACUCAGCCGGCCGUUCUUGUUCCCGGGAACACCACCGCCCCUGCCGAGGCGCCUGCUGCUACUCAACCACCAGUUCUUGUUGCUCCGGCGAACACCAGCACUCCAGCCGAAUUGCCAGCAGUUCCCGUCACCGAGCCCGCUGCUGUUGUUCCCGUCCCGAUCGAAGCCACUCCCUCAGCCGAUGCCGGUGCUCCGACAACCCCAGAAGCCGCUCCCCCGGCGGCCACUCCUUCGGCCGAUGCUGGCGCUUCGAAAGCUCCGGAAGCCGCUCCUCCGGCGGAGACGUCCGCAGCUUUGCCCACUGGAGUCUCUCCGCCAGCGAUUACGCCGCCUCUCAAUCCAGUCCAGUCUGGUGCGCCUCAAUCAUCCGUAGCGAAGCCCUCCAGCCCGGCCGCGCCGGAGCAAACUCCUGCCACGAGCAGCGGUGCUGACACGAAAACUGGUGAAAAGACUUCGGCAUCAGCAAGCAGCACUGAAGCCAACCGGGCUGGAGGCACCGCGGGAGCUUCUUCGACAGGAGCCUCCCAGUCUUCUGGUUCGAACAUCCAGCCAACUGCUGUCCCACAGCUGAAUGAGCCCGCCGAACCAACGACGGUUCCUCGUCUUGGUGCCAUAGUCUCGCUCCCAUCUUCGCUGAUGACUUCUAUGGUUCUCGCCAGCAACAUUCAGGCUCAGGCUGGCGUCGCUGCCCCGACAACUGGCUUGGUCUUCGCAACGACCCCUGCCUCGGUCCUCACAACAUCUGGAGGAAGUAGGGAGACACACAACGGUUACUUCGCAGCUCUCAUCGGCACUGCUGCGGCUUUGACCAUCGCAUUUAGCCUCUAG